AGGGGGCAAAAGGACGGGACAGGCCUUUCCUCAGGAAAACAUAUCACCUUCCACCACAAUAGAGCUGCUCAGGAAACCACAGGCAGCCACAUUGCUCUCUUGAGUCACCAAGUACUUUCAGACACGCUCUCACACUCACUGCUCCCACACACAAAUACACACACAAUCACACACUCAAAAGCUGGCAGCUCACACAGCUCACACACUCCAGGAUGACAGUGUACUGAGACGCUGCAGCAGUAUCAUCAGUUUCCAAACUAUCACUUGCAAACAUGCCAAUACUGAAGAAACUUCCAGGAAGGUCAAAGAGCUGCCACGAGUUCCCCAGGGUGAACGGUGAAUUCAUUUUGCCCCGGCUGGACUUGGACCUCAGGGACUUGAAUGAGCUGAAUGAUCUGAGGGACAUUAAAGUCCCGCAGAAGAACUUGAACCCCUUUGAGGAUGUGGACCUGGAUGAUGAUGACAGAAACGAGGGUGACGUGGGCCUCAUCAUGGGGCAGGUCACGGGACACCAGGGUCACCAGCUCAGAAGCAUGCGCGACGGAGAAGAGGAGGAAAAUGAGGUGAACGCUGAGAAACACGGGGCAGGGAACCCUAAAGGCAAACCUCUCAGAGGGACCCUGGAGCGGAUCUGUGGCGUGUCACCCUUCAAAACCCUGGAAAAACUGGGAAAAGGCCUGCGCAUAUCAGGACGCAAUGUAUGGGGGGGCAACUACCCCAACUUCAGCCCCGGAGAAUCGAAAACAUUGCCACCAGAGAGAGAGAAAAAGAAAGGUCUACGCAGAGGCUCGGAGGGAAUCAUGACCUUACUUCGCAUUACAGGUCGACGUAAAGAGGAGCGCAGAGAAAGUCUGCCCUGUGGGGACCUGAGUGCAGACAGUGAGGCGCUAGCCUCUAGACGCUCCUCUUUCUUCAAGAUGGUCAGUAUGGGCAAGCUGACGAGGGACUCCAUGUCAGACAAGGCCUCCCUGGAGACUGAUGAGGAAUCAGAAGAGGAGGAGCCCAUGGUAAAAAAGAGGGAGCCCCUCUCAGUGCUUGAGAUCUUGCAGCUGGUCAAUCACAGAGAUCUCCUCUUGGCUGACACUCACAUUCAGGAGCUGGAACGGGAAAGUGAGCUUUUGUCCCACCUGCCACCUUCUCCCACUGUCACUCUCGCACAUUGUCCCAGCACGCCUCAUGGAAUUCUCCCCUUCUCCAACACAUCCAUGGAUGACUCACUCAGCUCCAACGCAACACUGGACUCAAGCAGACGAAAGGUUAAGGAUGUGGAGCUCCUGUACGAGGCCCUGCAGAAAGAAAUGUGGGAUGUAGUGAGGGAGUCCCUACGCCAGCCCAGUGCUGGACCCAGCCUCGGUCUUGUGGUGCUGGUGAUCCAACAAGAGGAGCACGCUGAUGCUGCCUGGGCCUUGAGAGACACAGCCAAGCCAGAACAAGAUGACCCGCCGACCCAGUCCAGCCAGCGUCCACGCAGACUGAAAAUGAAAUGGAAACAAGCCGUGGCAGAGGCCGCAGACUGGAGUCUGCCAAAUCAGGUGGACACCCAGGCUGGAUACCUAGCCUCAUACCUGGAGCGCCUAAGAAGCCGCAUGGUAGACGACCUGGAUGCAGCCAAGCGAAAUGCCGUGUCCAUUUACCCAGAGGAGUUUGCUGCCUUCCAGGUUUACCUGGAAAGCUACCAUCGAGGCGUGGCCAAACGUCUGCGCACAAUUACCAAUGGCCCUCUGCAGAUCACUGAUGUCUACUCACUGCUGGACUGGUUUUACAACAUCUACAACAGGGAUGUUCUUGGAACCAUUGGCACAUCCACAGCAAUCAACUAUACUCCGCUAGAACCGAUUCUGCCUCAAGGCACAGUGGACAGACUUGAACAAGACUGCAUCAGUAUUGUCAGGGAAAAGGUGACAUCGGAGCUUAUCCAGAUUCUAGAUGAGGAGGAGAGACGAUGGGCUCAGACUCUGCAUAUAGAGGAAUAUCAAUCGCAUCUAGCACGUUCUGUCAUCCAGAGACUAAAAGUGGAUUUGGACAGAUCAACAUCUGUGAACCAGUUUCUUGGGGCAAGAGUAGCUCGCUGUAGCCUCAGUGGAUUGGCAGAAUUUCUCUACAGUUUCCAGAGAAAAGUGGAGAUGUUUCAUGAGACUCAGGCUGAAUUUGGAGAUCGAGGGGAUGGAUACGUGUCCAGGACCAUAGCUCUGGUCAACUGCUGCCCACCUCUCAGAUCCUUUGUGGAGCGCUGCAGGCAGUGUGAUCCACAGGGCAGUGAUGAGGCGGCGCAGAGAGCCGACUCCUCACUGGACAGGAUCAUCAAUCAGUCAGUGAGGGUUCUGACCGACAGACUGUUUGAACACAUUAGGCCUUUCUUUGACAAACUGAUUAGGAGAAAAUGGCUAAACAACACAGAUGCCUUUGAGGCCAUUGAAGGUUGCAUCAAACAGCACUUCAAGAAGUUCAAACGGAUGGACCCUCCACCAUAUCAGACUCUGGUGGGUGAAGUGCAUCGACGUGUCCUGGUGGAAUAUGUCAGAGCCAUCAUGCGAGGACGGGUCAUCUGCACAUCUUCCAAGAUGAGGAAGAGGAUGGCGUUCCGCCUGCAAGAUGAAGCCAAACUGCUGAAAGGACUCUUCAAAGAUCUGGAUUCAAGCUCUUCGUGGUUGGAUAGUGUUAUCUGUCACCUUGCUGAUAUCAUUCUGCUGGAGGACACUCCUUCCAUCCAGAUGGAGGUGGCUGUGCUGGUCAAAGAGUUUCCAGAUAUAAGGAAGAAGCACAUCUCCACCCACAUGCGCGGGAUGAUGCGGCAGGCGGAGCGCCAAGAGAUCCUCAACAUCGUCAAAGACUUUGAAUGCAGAAGUGCCCUUGUGUGUCGGGACCGUGCCCUCUUUUCUGACAUCCCCAUCACGUCAGAGAUGCACUGCAUCAGCCUGGGUUUCCUCCGCCUUGCCAUGACGGUCUCCAAUUGGUUCGCUGAGCACCGCCCGAGCCGAAACCGCAGAAGUACCAGGAGUGCGACUCCUCAGCCUGCAGAAAAUGUGGAAGACAUGAACAAACCUCACAGAGAAGACUAGCCGACAUCGCGUGCGAGGCAGAAGAGCGGACGCAGGCGUGCUGUGAGAAAAUGUACCUGCACCUUGACCAUAAACUGUACCAAACAUUGUUACCUGUCACAUAUGGAAACAUGACCUCAGGUACUGCUUGUACUGCACAUGCUCACUGAUAUUUCUCCAUCUCCACAUUUGCAUUCUUAUCAUGAAAGAGACUCUAUAUUAUCAAAGGUCAUUAUAGUUUGCAACCUAUUUACUUGACUUCCAAACAAAUAGAAAAGACUGUUCUUAAAAUGUAACUUUUUCAGUUUUUUUUUUGUAGCCAUUGCAUUCUACAUACAUGAACUAAGGUGUUCACCAUUUAACUAUUAAGGAUUUGUAAAGGAAUAAUGGCUUUAUUUCAGAUAAAUCAGAGUAAUGGACAGAUGGUCACUGGAGAGUUUUGGCUUUAGCAGUACAGUAUAGACUAUUUACAGGAAUGGAAGUACCUAUCUGGUUCUGAAAUAACGCCCCUGAAGUAAACCGUAAAUACCACUGGGAAACAUAAGGAUUCUUUUGUACUUUGUAUGUUUGAAUUGGUUGAUUGAAGUAUUUUUGAAUGAUUGCUAACAUUGGACACCAUGUAUGGUCCAAGUGUAAAACCAUUCAAAAUAAGACCAGUCCUGAAAAGUAUGUUGAACAAGUGAUCUUUAUUUUACAGUCAGGUGGCUACAUUAUUGUCUAAUAUAUAUAAUCUAUGAUCUGGUGAUGAUGAGUGACAGAUAUAAUACUUCAGAGACCUAGACACUGACAGGUGGUUGUGAGGUGGAGGGUGAGACUGAGGGCAUCAAAAUGACAAGGAGGAGAAGGAGAGAAGGAGAAGGCUUCAACGGAAUGUGAUGGACACACUCUGACGCCCUGGGAGUGAUGGCUGAUUGGAAACUGGAAUUGUGCUAGAACAGGUAUUAGAAUGAGAAUUCUUCAUGACUCAAGUCACAUUCAUUAAUUCGUCAUUAAACCAGCCAUAUAUAUAUACAUACAGUAUAUAUAUGUGUGUGUGUGGCCAUUCUCUGGUAAAAAAAAAGCAUAUGCAAAAUAUAUGUAAAUCUAAAUGUGUUGAACUCUGACUGUGAAUUAAUUGGAAUUGUUGCUGGAAAUGUAAUAAAAACCCAUUGACUGGGUGGAGUAAACAGAAUUUUUUUAUCA